GAUUUGGUUUGUCUUCCUCUUCAUCGCCGCUUUGAAACCCGGAUUCUCAACUUCGAUCAAUGGGUCCAAAGAAAGGUGGAAAGCCGGUUGCAACUAAGAAGAAAACGGAGAAGGUAGUGAACCCCUUGUUCGAGAAAAGGCCGAAGCAAUUUGGGAUCGGUGGAGCAUUGCCACCUAAGAAGGAUGUUCAUAGAUUUGUGAGAUGGCCACAAGUUGUUCGCAUUCAGAGGAAGAGGAGGAUCCUCAAGCAGCGUUUGAAGGUUCCACCUGCUUUGAAUCAGUUCACCAAGACCCUCGACAAGAAUCUUGCAACGACUUUGUUCAAGAUGCUGCUCAAGUACAGGCCUGAAGAUAAAGCAGCAAAAAAGGAACGGCUCCUGAAAAGGGCACAGGCUGAGUCUGAAGGGAAGACAGCGGAAGCCAAGAAGCCUAUUGUUGUCAAGUAUGGUCUGAACCAUGUCACCUACCUCAUUGAGCAGAACAAGGCACAAUUAGUCAUCAUUGCCCAUGAUGUGGACCCCAUUGAGUUGGUUGUCUGGCUUCCUGCGUUGUGCAGAAAGAUGGAAAUACCUUACUGCAUUGUGAAGGGAAAAUCUCGAUUGGGAACUAUCGUCCAUCAGAAAACUGCAGCAGCUCUGUGCUUGACUACAGUCAAGAAUGAAGACAAGAUGGAGUUCAGCAGAAUCUUGGAAGCAAUCAAGGCCAACUUCAAUGAUAAGUAUGAAGAAUACAGAAAGAAGUGGGGUGGUGGGAUAAUGGGUUCAAAAUCUCAGGCGAAAACAAAAGCAAAGGAGAGGGUUCUUGCCAAGGAGGCUGCUCAAAGGUUGACAUAGAGCCCUUCAUUAUCUAUAGUAGUCUGCAGAGUUGAGAAGGCUAUGUUUAGGACCUCUGUUACAUUGGUCAGUGUCGAUUCCUUUUAGUUUCCCGAAGACAAGUUACCGAGUGCUUUCUUACGUGAGUUUGAUUAUGUCACAGUUUAUUCAAUUUUGGUCGGUUAUAUUAGCAAACAAUUGUUUUCGUUAUGCUUUCCAUAACUAUGACUUGUAUGUUAAUGCUUCUCAGUGAUUGCCAUUCCUAUC